AUGACCAGUGCAGAAUCCUCAACCCCGAAGGCUACGCCAGUGUGGCCAGCAAGUAAAAAUACCUACGCUCAUUUUCAUCAUCCUGAUCACUUCAAGAACGCUGUUCAUGCGUAUCAGUUCAUCAAUGAUCCUACCGAGAUCUUCAGUAUAAUCACUCCUGCUGGAUUUCAACACAUGUUUCGGGGUCUGGAUGAGUCCGUCCAUAUGUCGCCGAGUGUUCUGUUUGGUAGAAUUCAGUUCCCAGAUGUAGACUACUGCUUCUAUGUGUCUGAUGGAAAUCUCGAGAUCACGAUAAGCGAGACUGACUCUUCACGUAUGGGCUCCGAUGAAGUGGUUUCGUUGCCUGCUGGAACUCGCCUCUAUAUUAGGCCUGUCAACUCCUAUUUCAAGGUCUUUGUGGAUGCGCAGCCUGGUAGACUUGUCGAUUUACUUUAUGCGGUUAGGAAGGAUAAGCCGCAUGCUGGGUUGAUUGCACUGCAUGCUUCGAUUCACCAAGUCCUUUGGACAGAAAAAGAGCUCUCUCAGUAUGAGUCUGGGUUCAACUUUGACUUGAUUUAG